AUGCAGUCUGUCUUAAAAGCUACUAUUUUCCUGCCUUGGUGCCUGACCUUCCCGGUGCCCCAUGCUACAGACCAUGAAGGACUGGACUUUGUUAAGGACUAUUUCCACUGGUUUUCCCUGGCCAGAAAAGAGUUGCCACUCCUUACCCAGGAAGAGGAGAUGCAAUUCCUGCGGCAGUUCCGUCUGAAUGAGACAGAUCCACAUGACGAGCAGAUGCUGGCUGUGCUACAUCACUCUCACUGUGGAAUAACUGAUGUGGCUAACUACUCCAUCUCUCCAGAAAAUUCUAAAUGGAAUAAGCACAAUCUGACCUAUAGCAUUAUCAAUUACCCAAAAGAUAUGAAUCCAUCUACAGUAAAUGACAUUAUACAUGAUGUGGUUUCCAUCUAGAGCAAUGUGACCACUUUGACCUUCCAGCAAGUGAAAAUGCAAGAUGCAGACAUCAAGCUUUCUUUCUGGGAGUUGAAGCAUGGAGAUUGUUGGCCCUUUGAUGGCCCAGGUCAUAUCUUAGCCCACACCUUUUUAUCAGAUUCUGAAACUCCAGGAAUUAUCCACUUUGACAAGGGAGAACAUUGGUCGACUGCAUACAAAGGUUUUAAUCUGUUCCUGGUUGCUAUUCAUGAGCUAGGUCAUUCUCUGGGCCUGUGGCACUCCACGAGUCAGAACUCCAUAAUGUAUCCCAGAUAUGUGAAUCAGAACCCUAAAACUUUCCACCUUGAUGUUGAUGAUAUCCAAAGAAUUCAGCAACUAUAUGGAGAAAGGUGUUCAUCUGAAAUUCCCUGA